UAACGAUGUUAUCGUUGUCAUCAAUCAAAGAUGAUGAUGACAUGCAAGAGCAGGAAUUUGCCAAGCGAGGUUGCUUUUGCAUUCCAUGCUUGGGCCCGAGCUCCAAAAUGUCAUCAUCGUCGAGCGGGUUUAGGCUGUGGGCGAGGAUGCGGACCCCGGAGAGCAAGGAGCGGUGGUGGGCCAAAGGGUGGAGCAGGAUAAGGGAAUGGUCGGAAGUGGUGGCAGGGCCCAAAUGGAAAACCUUCAUUCGCCGCUUCAGAAAGAACUACCGCCCCAUUGGGUUCACCAAGCAAGACUCGUUUCAAUACGGCCCACAUAGCUAUGCCCGCAAUUUCGAUGACGGGAAUGGAGAAAAACUGGACCAAGAUUACGCUUAUGAUUUUUCGUCACGUUAUGCUUCCGUUCCCGCAUCGACUAAGUCUUCCAUGGACCUCGGAAAGGAUGGCCCCUCAUUCAUAUGA